AUGCCAGUAUUCACAACCUGCAACAGCUCUGAGAAGCCUAGAUGCAUCAAAUACGACUUUGAUAUAGAGAAGAUUAUGAUGCAGAGUGUGGAAUAUUUUGAAGUCAAUGGCUGCUAUCUCGACUUUGACAGUAAGGUGUUUGGCGAAGCCACUGAGACUAUGAUCAUCAAAAAGUUCUAUGAAGCUAAGCAAAUCAAGAACUUAUCCGCCUUCUUCCUUGAAUACCAUGAAGAGAAUAUGAGAGAGCAACUUAUAGCAUGCGGACAAAAGUUUGUCUCUAUGAUGAGUUCUCAUCAUUGCUUCUAUGACAGAGUCGCCUUUUAUCAAGUGAAGCAAGACCUGAAACGCAUUUCUGUCAAGGGCAGGAUCAUGAUUGAUGCUCCGUGUUUCCGCAAGAACUGCCUCAAUUAUCCCAGGUUACAUAUCAAAAAACCCGAGGUUAUGGACCUGUUUACCAGUCAGAGCAUACAGCACUCUGCUUGUCAGUCCCACAGUACUGGGGUUUACACUUAUGAGAAAGUGCUGAGAAUUGAUGUAGCAGAAUUUGCAGUCAGUGAUGUUCAGGACAUCAAGUACUUCAUGACACCUUUUAACUCACUUGUCAUGCCCGCGGAGAAGAAAAAGGUGAUCAUGACACUUGCAGAGAGUGUGAACCAGAUCAAGUCAGCCAGGCUUGACAAUGUCAUUGCAGAAAAGGGGCUAGGUGUCAUCAUUCUACUACACGGGCCCUCUAGUGUUGGGAAAACUCUGACAGCGGAAGCCAUUGCAGAACAUCAACAGCGCCCAUUGUAUUCAGUUUCUGCUGAUAAAUUAAGUACAGAUGCAGGAGCAUUGGAAAUACAGCUCUCUCAGAUUUUCCAAAUCACUAGUCACUGA